UUGCCAUCACUGGAUGUCUAACCCAGGCUCAGAACAAUCCCCCAGGAGCAACACUGAUCCCCCAGGGGGGCUGAGAGAUCUCCCAAGGCUCCUUGGGAGCACAAACUUCCCUUUCAAAGGUUUUGUGAACCUUAUUAAGCAGAGCCAGAGCUCUGGGAGCCACCUGCAGCACAGCAGAACUUCCCAGAGGAGGACGAGAUGUACAUUUAAUUCCCUCUGCUUUAGUUCCAUGAGCCAGUGAAAAUAUAAAAUAACUCUGCCAACCUGGGUGCAGCAGCAGACGAGGCCUGGGGCUGCUGAAUUUGGCACCAAGAUCCCCCAGGAACUGAUGGAUUGGAAGGGUUGAGUGCUUUCCCCUCCUUCCUUCCAGCUGGCUGAAAGCUUGUGACACUUCCAUCUACUAAACAAACUAAAAAAGCCAAAUAUUGUCUGAUUUCCCCUUGGAAAAUUAACUCGAUACUGGAUAGAUGCUGCUGAAUGUAUGAGGGGCUUUUCCAUGGAUGUGUUCAGUGCAGUAAUCAGAGCACGAGGGCAGUCACGUCGGUGAUUGUGGAGGGCUGAACUGUGAGCAGCUCGCACAAAAGGUUUUCGUUCACUGAGCUCUCCCAGCGGCCCCGCUGGAUUUUAGCACAGGGCGCUGAUGAGCUGCUCAUUAGCAAAGCUCAUUAAAAUUACACUGGGGGAAGGAAACCGGCGGUUGUAUCUGAGCGAGGAGUCGCUACCAAGAAACGCAGUCUCGAAGCCUUUACCUCGUUCACUGGCGAACGUGAGCGCUCCCGAUCUGCUCGAAUCCUCCCCAAAAACUGAGCUGCGGCCCGGGCGAGGCGGCCCCCGGAACCAAAGAGCGCGGCCCGGCUGCUGCCCGGCCCCGCGCGCGGCGGACGGAGGCGGGAGGCGGCCAGCGCGGCCCCGGCGGCGGGAGCCCCGCUCGGGGCGGCGGGACCCGGCCCGGAGCUGCCAUGGCCCACAGCCGCUCGCGGAAGCGCUCGCGGAGCAGGAGCAAAAGCGACUCCCGGAGCAGGCAGGAGAGGAAGGAGAAGAAAAGGAGGAAGAGCAGCAAGGACUCGCAGCAGGGCAGCAGCUCUCCACCGAGGAAGAGGAUCUCUGGCUCUCAUGGACACACCUCCAGCUUGGCAGCAGCCAGGGAAGCUCCUCUUCUGAUGACUCCAGUGACAGCGACUCCAAAGUGAAGAAGAGUCAAGACAGCAAAAAAAAGCGAGUGAAACAGAAAGACAAAAAGAAGAGGAAGAAGAAGAAGAAAAAAAUAAAGAAGAAAUCAAAGAAGAAGGCAAAGGAGAGAGCUAAGGAGGAGAAAGCCAAGGGAGAAGAGGUGCCGGGCCCCUCGCUGGAGCAGUGGCAGAAGGAGUCAGUGGUGGACUCUGGGCCAGUUCUGACAGAUGAGCAGAAGUCCCGGAUCCAGGCCAUGAAGCCGAUGACCAAGGAGGAGUGGGACGCGCGGCAGAGCGUGAUCAGGAGAGUGCUGGAUCCCGAGACCGGGAGAACCAGGCUCAUUAAGGGGGACGGGGAAGUCCUGGAAGAAAUCGUCAGCAAGGAGAGACACAAGGAGAUUAACAAGCAAGCCACCCGUGGGGAUGGGCUGGCCUUCCAGGUGAGGACGGGGCUGCUGCAGUGAGGGCAGGCCCCAGCCAGCCCUGGAGCCCUUCCUGUGCCCCUGCCAGCCCAGGGGGAGCCUCUGCCUCUGGACCACGCAGACAGCACCGUGUCAAGGUGUUCCCCAGGGGCCCUUUCCAGCUGCUCUGUAAGUUACUGACUGGGAAGGAGAGCGACUUGAGUGGCUCCUCUCCCAGUGAACAGCUUCUCCCCUCCCUGUCCCAGCUCAGGCCAGUGUGGCUGUAAUGCACCUGAGCCAUCUGCCCCAAUGCUCCUCUGGAUGCUGGAGGAGCUCAGCAGCACCCAGGGGACAGCCUUGAGGGUGCUGAGCACCUCAGGGUGCUCUGGGCUUUGGGGGGCAGGAGUCAAUGCUGUGGCCAGGACAGGGUGUACCAGGGCCACAAAACACACAGCUGGCUGCCACUUCUUCCCCUCAGGGGCUGCUCAUGGCCUUUUCCCUGCUGGAUCUGGCUUAGAGGCCCUUUGCACUCCCUGAGCCUGCUCAGACAGGAGUGGCUGUGGCUCUGCUCAGGCUGCAGCUCCUCUGAGCCCUGAGUGCCACCCUCCACUGAGCCCCAGCCUUCCUGCAGCUUCACCUCCUCGGGUAGGGGAGCACUGACCUGGCACACUGGACUGGCCUCUGUGCAGGUGUGCUUUGUGCAGGGGUGGCUUUGCCUUGCUCUCUGCUCCUGCAUGCAACUCGUGUCCCUUCCCCACAGCACAGGCCCUGGGCAGCGCUGGGGCUCUGGGCUGCUCAGGGCCCAGGGCUGCUCUGAACAAACACAGCAGCCUUUUCCCUUGCUGGGAAGACCAUAAAUCUGCAAACUGUAAAAAAGAAAAGGACAAAUGGUUUAAAGGACAAAUGGGUCCUGCAGGACUGAUCUCCACAGAGGGUUUCCUCAUUCUGUUCAUGGCUGUAACCCCAUUAAACUGGCACCUGCUCACA